GGUUUGUCAACUCUUGUCCACGCAACCAGUCCCAGGCAUGUUAAUUGCGAUCAGGUAUCUCUUCCAUUCGGAUUCAGUCCCGCCGCCUCCCACAAACUAGCCCACCCUGACGGCGAAGUGGCUACCUCCCAGGCUGCCGCGAAAUUCGGGAUCUGCAUGGGAUUGUCAUCUUAUUCGAAUUACUCUCUCGAAGAUGUCGCUGCUCAAGGACUCGGCAACCCAUAUGUGAUCCAGAUGUGUGCGUUGCGAGAUCGGUCUUUUACGCUGCAACUACUGGAUCGCGCGGAAAAGGCUUGUUACAAGGCACUAUUUCUCUCAGUAGAUGUCCCCGUAGUAGGGAAACGACUGCACGAAUAUCGCAAUGAAUUCCGCAUCCCCGAGGAUAUGCCAUGGCCCAACAUUCUCAGCCACGGCAGCGAUACCUCCGUCCGCACAGAUUAUGAUGCAAGCCUGGACUGUGAGAGCAUCAUCCCAUGGUUGAGGGAGCACACCUCGCUGAAAAUCUGGCUCAAGGGGGUUAUGAUGAGCUCGCCCGAAGAUGUAGAGCUGUCCAUCCGGUACGGUGUCGAUGGCAUUGUCAUUUCGAAUCACGGAGGCCGCCAGCUGGACGGUGGGCCGUCGACACUGGAUGCACUUCGAGCCUGCGCCCCCGUUGCACGAGGGCGGAUCCCGCUUACGAUUGACGGAGGGAUUCGGCGUGGCUCGGACAUCUUCAAGGCCCUGGCGUUAGGGGCGAGUUACUGUUCUAUUGGAAGGAUUCCAAUCUGA